CCCGAGAGAGUUCGUGUCCGACCCUGGUUGCGCCGGCCCGGAGAAGUGCUGAGCCUUCCUUCUAACCUGGCAACCUUGGGGAUUCUGGUUGACGAUGGCGGACCACCACGAGAAAGACUUGCAGAAAUUUCUUAAAAAUGUGGAUGAAAUCACCAGUUUAAUUCAGGAGAUGAAUUCUGAUGACCCGGUUGUACAACAGAGAGCUGUCCUAGAGACAGAAAAGAGACUGCUGUUUACAGAGGAAGUCCAAGAGGAGGAUGGAUGCCGGACCACACUGAACAAGACCAUGAUCAGUCCUCCACAAGCUUCUCCUGAGAAUACAGAUGAAAUAAACUCAGAAGCCUUCUUGGCAUCCGUGGAGUUGGAUGCAAAGGAACGUGCCAGGAGAAGAAGGGAGAACAAAGUCUUAGCAGAUGCCCUAAAACAGAAGGGGAACGAAGCGUUUGCCAGAGGUGACUAUGAAGCGGCCAUCCUGUGCUACAGUGAGGGUUUGGAGAAGCUGAGGGAUAUGAAGGUGCUGUAUACCAACCGAGCCCAGGCUUAUAUAAAACUCGGGGACUUCCAGAAAGCAGUAGUGGAUUGUGAGUGGGCUCUGAAGUGUGAUGAAAAAUGCACAAAAGCAUAUUUCCAUAUGGGAAAGGCCCAUCUGGCCCUGAAGAACUACAAUGUGUCUAGAGAGUGUUAUCAGAAGAUCUUAGAAAUAAACCCCCAGCUGCAGACCCAAGUGAAAGAAUACCUCAAUCAAGUAAAUCUCCGGGAGAAAGCAGAUCUUCAAGAGAAGGAAGCCCACGAAUUGCUGGAUUCGGGAAAGAACACGGCAGUGACAGUCAAGAAUGUCCUGGAGACUCUCUGCAAGCCUGAUCAGACCCCCUUGUUCUAUGCAGGAGGGAUUGAAAUCCUGACUGAAAUGAUAAAGGAUUGCCCAGAACAGACUUUAUUCAGAACACACAACGGAUUCAGUGUCAUCGGCGAGAAUGAGGUCAUAAGAAGGUGCUUCUCCACGGCAGGGAAAGAGGCAGUGGAAGAGACGGUCUGUGUGUCCGUCCUCAGACUCUGGCAAGCAGUGUGCGCUGGGAACGAGGAGAACCAGCGCCUGCUGCUGCUGCGCCCCCAGAUGGGCGGCCUGCUGCCCUCCCUGCUGACCUCCCGCGUUCUGGGCCUCCGGAAGCAGAGCCUGGCCCUGCUGCUGCAGCUCGCCAGGACGGACCACGGACGGAGCCUUGUCGUCGGCCACCUUGACCUGACCCGAUUGUUGGAAGCCCUGGUGUCCUUUCUUGAUUUCUCAGAUAAGAAGGCCAACUCUGCUAUGGAACUGCUCACAGACUUGGCUCUGGAAGAAAGAUUCCAAGUCUGGUUCCAGGCCAACCUUCCAGGUGUGCUCCCGGCACUCACAGGUGUUCUGAGGAGAGAACCUACAAUAACCAACACGUCAGCUCUUUGCCAGUGUAUUGCCCUCAUGGGAAACCUUAGUGCUGAGGCUGCCGUCCGAAGACAGAUGUGUGGCUCUGAAGAGUUCGGGGAUGCCUGUCUGGGCCUCAUGGCCAGGUGUGAAGAGGCUGUGGACCUGUUCAGAGACGUCCUGUACACGCUCCUGGGACUUGUGAUGAACUUGUGUCUUCAGUCCCCCUUCAUCUGUGAGGUUUGGGCUGUGGAGGUGAGCAGAAGGUGCAUGUUUCUACUCAACAGCCAGGAUGGAGGGAUCCUGACAAGAGCCGCUGGCAUCCUCAGCCGCACCCUGUCUUCCUCUCGGAAGAUUAUUGAGGAGGCCCUGAGAGCAGGAGUGGUGAAGAAGAUGAUUAAGUUCCUAAAGACAGGAGGCCAGACCGCAUCACGAUAUGCCGUGAAGAUACUAGCUAUCUGCACUAAUAGCCAACACAAAGCACGAGAAGAAGUGAUAAGACUGGAUCAAAAGUUUGGCAUUCUGCUGAGGCUGCUCAGCUCAGAGGAUGAGAUUGUGGUGGCCAACGCUGCCCUCUGCCUGGGGAACUGCAUGGAGGUGCCCCGUGCCGCGUCUUCCCUGCUGAAGACGGACAUUGUGCAGGUGCUGCUAAGGCACGCAGGUGGCGACGCCCAGAAGACAGCCGUGCAGCUGAACGCAGGGAUCGCCCUGGGGAAGCUGUGCACGGCCGAGCCCAGGUAUGCACCCGCUCCAAGCCGGGGUGGCCCACGUCAGUUACAUCCUGGAAGACGCAGGGCCAGCAGAGGUACCAUGCGGUGGCCAUGUGGUGGCUGGGCCUCUGUGCCACCCAGAACUCCGUGGAGAGCCCCGGGAGUCCUGGUGCUUCCUGUGCACACAGGUGUUAGGCCCAGUAGCUACAUCCCUGAGAGACCUGGGCUCUCAGGCUCCAGUGAGAGAGGGGGAAGAUGCUUCUCUGACAGGCAUCUGUCCUGUGCACUCACUGUCAUCAUCUUCCCUCCAUUCCAUUCUCUCCUUCUCUUCUAGCUUCUUGCCCAUCUGUCCACGCAUCCCUCCUCCUUCACUUUUUUGCCCGUUGCCUGAGCAUGUGGGAGAAUGCCCAAUGAGGGCCACAUUCCCGUGCUGGAGGAAACUGAAGCAAGAAUGGCAUGUUUAAGACAAGACAGGGCAAGAGGUCUCUGCUCUCACUGUGUGCAUUGCUUCCCUUUUAGCUCAGGCUUCUGUUCUGCUCUGGCUGGGUUCUGAUGUGCUGAAACACCUAGUUAUCAUGCAUGUCUGAGGGACGGAGUCCCAGCAUAGGAGAGGGGUGCCUUCCAUGGACAGGGAGCAGAGCUGACUCCUUCUCUUCCAGACUAAGUAAGCCCUCUGAUUCCUCCCCAGAGAGUCAGAGGGUCGACUGGGAUCACAUCUGAGGCCCUUUCAAGUUCUGUCUGAUUGUUCAGACGGAAGGCACAGAUAAAAUCUUUCUUCUACAGAAAGCAAGGCACGUUAGCUAGGUUGAGCUCAAAGUGGCAACCUACUGGGGAGUCCCCGAGAGCAAGGCCCCGUCGGAUCAGCCUGUCCAUCUGCCACUCAUGACAGUAUUUACCGUGUUUUUGUACCUCCCUGAGCACCUUACGUGCUUUGAUGGCCAGGGCUCCCAGGGC